ACAUCUUUGGCGGGGGAUCGGCUUCCUGCACGCGGAUUGGCCGCUCCGUCUUCGCCAGGAGCAAAGAUAUCAGUAUAUUUGGCCAGAAGUUUGUAUUUUCCUUGGUGGCCGCGUGGUUUCGUUCCUUCCUUCCUUCCCUCGCAGCCGGAAUGAUGGCGGCAUUGCUGAACGCUCUCAACAGCGACUCUCACGUGGAGCUGAGCCAGUACCGGGACCAGCACUUUCGGGGAAGCCGAUAUGAGCAAGACAAACUGUUGAGAUAUAGCUGUACUCUCUAUGUUGGGAAUCUAUCAUUUUACACAACUGAAGAACAGAUCUAUGAACUCUUCUCAAAAAGUGGAGAUGUCAAAAGAAUCAUCAUGGGCCUGGAUAAAAUCAAGAAAACGUCAUGUGGAUUCUGUUUUGUGGAAUUUUACACACGUGCAGACUCUGAACAUUGCAUGAGGUUUAUUAACGGAACACGUUUGGAUGACCGCAUUAUCAGGACAGAUUGGGACACCGGGUUCAAAGACGGCAGGCAGUUUGGCCGAGGAAAAUCUGGUGGUCAGGUACGUGAUGAAUACAGAACAGAUUAUGAUGCAGGCAGAGGUGGGUUUGGAAAACUAGUCCAGAUGCAAAGAGUUCCAGAGCCAAGACAGAAAUUCUAGAGUUUACAGCAGCUUUACCUGUACAUUUUGAGAUAAUGAAGCUACUGUCUUCAUGGAAGCCUACGCAUUCAAUGACUUGCCUUUUGUUCAUUUUCUUGGACGUCCAAUUUCCUCAGUGAAAUCAGCUUAGUUUUAAUUCCUAAAUUGUGAUGUUUAAAUCGAUCCAAAUAAAA